GAACAGUUUGUAUUGAACGCACGUUUUCCCAAAACGUUAUUUUACGUUCUUGAACAGAUAUUGAGAUACGUGCGCGCUCCUGGUGUACAGCCCCGUUUCGGUUCAAUUGAAACGUUCUAUUACGUUUUUAUGUACUGAAUGCAGCCCGAGUUUCACAUGUCAUCAGCUGUCAAGACACUGAAGCUACCUACACGCGUGUGUAGCUAACACUACGAACAAAACUUCGGAUAAUUUAAGAGAUGGCGCUGAUUGGAGUGCAGCUGGUGGUCAGCUUGCUGGCUGCUAGCAUCAUGCAGAGAAUGGCUCCACACUGUUCAUUUGCCCGCUGGCUCUUGUGCAAUGGCAGUCUUUUCCGGUUCAAACACCCCUCUGAGGGAGAGCUGUGUGCCCUAGCUGGAAAACAGAUGCCCAGCAAGCCCAGCAAGAGAGACAGGAGACAGAAUGGGGACAGCAAGCCUCUCACAGUUCCCAAGGACAUCGACCUUCACUUAGAAAAAGCUCCAGUCGGCGUCCUUGAUGCCCUUGUACUGCGAUUCUUCCUGGAGUACCAGUGGUUGAUUGACUUUGCAGUGUAUGCCAUGGGCAUCUACCUUUUCACUGAGGGCUACUUUUGUGUAGUGGACCCCGCCAAGGAGGUCCACAUUGGGGCCAUCUGGUGUGUGCUGACCGUUCUCUGCUGCCUGAAAACCCUCCACUCCCUGAUGGGCCACUACUUCAGGUCUGACGAGGGAGGCGAGCGCUCAGUGUGCCUGGCCUUUGGCUUCCUGUCUCUGCUGGUGGCCAUGCUGGUGCUGGUGGUCAGAGAGGACUACCUGGAGUUUGGCCUGGAGCCUGGUUUUAACAGUCUUUUUGACAACCUUGAGGUUUUCGCAAAACAUCAAGGCUUUGCUGAGUGGUCAGUCCCUGUGACCAAGCUGACUGUGAAGUUGGGUCUGGCUGCCAUUUGUGCUUUUAUUGGUGCUUUGCUGGCCUUCCCUGGCCUCCGUCUAGCCCAGACCCACCUGGACGCAGUUCAGAUGAACUCAGACCGCCCAUUCAUCCAAAUGUUGUUGCACAUGAGCUUCCUGGGCCCAGUGGUGGUGAUCGUGUUGUGGAUCAAACCCAUUGCUAGGGAUUUCCUGGGGAACGCUCCAAUGGGGAAGACCUCAGUCACCCUUAUGUCAAGCGCGGUGUUUGACAGUGUUCGUCUGUGGACAGUGGUGGUUCUGUGCUGCCUGAGGCUGGCCCUCACCCGCUACCACAUGCAAGCCUACCUCAACCUUUCCCAGAAGUGGGUGGACCAGAUGAAGAAGGAGGCGGGGCGCAUUGCCGCCAUCGACAUCCAGAGGAAGGUGACCCGUGUGUUCUGCUACCUGACCAUAGUCACCCUGCAGUACAUGGUCCCUGUUCUACUCAUCCUCUUCUCUACCCUGGCUCUGAAGGCACUUGGUGACUUCUCGUGGAGUGGCGCAGAGCAGGCUCCGGGGGUGACCCCUGCCCUGGUAAUGCCCACGGUCUCUCCCGUCCUGCCAGGGCUGGAGGAGGACGAGGAGGGGGUGGAGGACAUGGAGGAGGACAUCCAGGCCACGGUGGCCCGUCUAACCGAGGGCUUCUCGGCCCUGCGCUCCGUCCUCACCCCCCUCUUCUUCAGAGGCCUCUUUGCCUUCCUCACCUGGUGGGUGGCCGCCUGCCAAGUCAUCAGCAGCCUGUUUGGCAUUUACUUCCACCAGUACCUCAUGCAGAACUGAAGAGGACUACACUACGCUUAUCUCUAGCCAACACCAUCCCAGUGUUCCAGGCAGGUCAAAAUCCAUACAACAUAUGGACAGGAUGUGUGCUCCUGUCUGUUACUGUAACAAAGGUGUCACCGAUAUCAAAAGGGAUGUGAUGGUUUCUGACAUGCUGACACCUUACUACUACUACCUUGUUGUCCUGUGGGCCAAGUCAGACCCUUAGACCUUGACCAGGACUAUGAUGAAAUGAUGUAUAAUGUGGACUGGAUUCUGUCCAACUGCUAUGUAUCACAUUUCUCUGUUUUAACAAAUGCAUUUGAAGCCAGUGUUACUU